AUGGGACUACGCUCAGGCAAACCUACCCAGCCCCCCCGGAGAUGGAACAAGCAAAGUGGUUGGACGAAGUAUUAUGAGGAUGGCACCUUCGAAGCUGUGGAUGCGCCCAACGAAGAGAUGCUAACAUUCGAUACCGAGGUCAUGUGGCGGGAAAGUUCUUUCGCAGUCAUGGCUUGUGCAGCUAGCAAGACAGGAUGGUAUGCUUGGCUAUCGCCUUGGCUUAUGGGGGAGUCGAAAAGCGACUGCCAUCUAAUACCGCUAGGCAACCCCGAGAAAGCGCGGAUUGUAAUCGGUCAUAACGUCGGCUACGAUAGGGCUCGUGUCAGCGAAGAAUAUGCUGUGAAGCAAUCCAGAAACUUUUUCCUGGACACUAUGUCACUGCAUGUCGCCGUCAAUGGAAUGUGCUCUCAGCAACGACCGACUUGGAUGAAACAUAAGAAGAGCCGCGACAUUAAAGAAAAGGCUAUUCGCGAGAGCAAAUCUAUCGAGCUCUCAAAUCUGCUUGAGAGCAGAUCUCUGAGCGAAGAAGAGGCCGAAUUAUGGGUUGGAAGAAGCUCAAUCAAUUCUUUGAGAGAUGUCGCAAAGUUUCACUGUAAUGUGACCAUCGACAAAUCUCAACGUGAUGCAUUUGGCGAGUUAGACCGCGACGGCGUUAGGAUGAAGGUUGAUGAGCUUCUUGACUACUGUGCUGCAGAUGUAGCCAUCACGCAUCGCGUCUACAAGAAAGUGUUCCCAUGCUUUCUGGAUGUAUGUCCGCAUCCAGUAAGCUUUGGAGCCCUCCGCCACCUCUCCUCCGUUAUUUUGCCUGUCAAUAAGAGUUGGGAAGAUUACCUCGACAACUCAGAGGCGACUUAUCAGCGUCUCUCAAAGGCCGUGCAGCAACGUCUGAUAGAUCUUGCCGACAAAGCCCUUCAGAUCAAAGAUGACACACCGCAGUAUCAAGCUGACGACUGGCUUUCGCAGCUGGACUGGUCUAGCCAGACGAUGAAGAUGGCCAAAGGUAAGAAGAAAGGGGAUCCUCCCCGACCAGCUGCCCGGCAAAAAAAGCCCGGCAUGCCUCGCUGGUACAAGGAUCUUUUCGCAACUAACGACGCGGAGAUCGCACUCACGGUUAAAACGCGAAUUGCGCCGUUACUGCUGCGGCUCUCUUGGGAUGGGUAUCCUUUGACUUGGUCUGACAAGUAUGGAUGGACUUUGAAAGUCCCAAAUACAAAAGUUGCGAAUUAUCAGUCCAAGAACCUCGUCAGGUGUGACUUGGCAGACGAGAAGAAUUUGGCACUUCGUGAUGACAGGAAGCACGUCUACUUCAAACUACCCCACAAAGACGGUCCCCAAGCCCGCUGCGCAAGCCCAUUAGCCAAAGGGUAUUUGCAGUACUUUGAGAAUGGUACACUUUCUUCAGAAUAUUCCUAUGCAAAAGAAGCCCUCGAAAUGAACGCAUCAUGCUCGUACUGGAUUAGCGCUCGGGACCGUAUUUGCUCUCAAAUGGUUGUUUAUCCGCAAGAACCCAACUCUACUGGGCCUGAUAUGUCAUCAGAGCCUCCGAAUGCGAAUGCUACGGGUUUCAUACUCCCUCAAGUGAUCCCCAUGGGUACAAUAACCCGACGAGCAGUCGAGAAUACCUGGCUUACUGCCAGCAAUGCAAAGCCGAAUCGUGUAGGUUCGGAGCUCAAAUCGAUGAUCAAGGCUCCACCAGGUUAUUGCUUUGUUGGCGCUGAUGUAGACUCCCAAGAGCUUUGGAUUGCCAGUCUUGUUGGUGAUGCUCAGUUCAAGCUUCAUGGAGGAAACGCAAUUGGGUUCAUGACGCUAGAAGGUACGAAGACUGCCGGCACAGACCUGCACUCGAAGACAGCAAAGAUUUUAGGUAUCUCAAGAAAUGAUGCCAAGGUCUUCAACUACGGGCGCAUCUAUGGUGCUGGUCUCAAGUUCGCCUCAACGCUUCUUCGCCAAUUCAAUCCCAAUAUAUCGGAGAAUGAAACGCAGCAAAUAGCUGCGCGAUUGUAUAAAGAGACGAAAGGUGUCAAGACAAUACGCAAGAAUCUAAAUGACAGGCCAUUUUGGCGUGGCGGGACAGAAUCGCUCGUAUUUAACAGCUUAGAAGAAUUCGCCGAGCAAGAAAGACCUCGUACUCCCGUGCUAGGUGCCGGCAUCACCGAGGCAUUGAUGCGCCGAUAUAUCAACAAAGGUGGCUUUAUGACUUCCCGGAUCAACUGGGCAAUCCAGUCAUCAGGCGUUGAUUAUUUGCAUCUGCUGAUAAUCAGCAUGGAUUACCUCAUCCGCCGCUUCAACAUCGAUGCACGCCUCGCCAUUACAGUCCACGACGAGAUACGGUAUCUAGUAAAGGAAGAAGAAAAGUACCGUGGCGCUAUGGCACUACAAGUGUCGAAUUUAUGGACACGCGCUAUGUUUUCUCAGCAGAUGGGCAUUGAGGAUCUUCCCCAGUCUUGUGCUUAUUUCAGUGCAGUGGACAUUGACCACGUUCUUCGGAAAGAAGUCGACAUGGACUGCAUCACUCCCAGUCACCCGAACAAAAUACCCCCGGGCGAGAGUUUGACCAUGACCGAGCUUUUGAAUAAGGGAAAUGCGGCGUACCUAGACCCAACUGUAGAGCCCGAGGUAGCGAUUGAUCUAGAAACACAUCAGUAUAGUCCACGCCCUAGCGUUAUGGCUGGUUUGUCACGAAACACAAGCGUCGACUUCUUCAAGGCUCAGAUGACCAGUGAGAAUAAGGAACUGGAUAUCAUAAUGAAAGACAUGCAGAAACGAGACCCACGGUCUACACCUGAGAAGCCUACGAGUCGAAAAGCGGCACCAAGAAGACUUGCUUCCCCUAAGAAAGGAGUGGUGGCACCUUCUUAUGCUCAGCUGCAAGAACCAAAGCUUGUGGAUAUGCCUCCGAACUACGAGGGUUUUAUGAGCAGAGUGAAUGUCAAUUCGUCAAAGCCGUGGCUGUACAGGGGUUUAUCAAAGGCUUCGGUGCAUGAUACACGGUAA